AUGGUGUGCGAAGGUUGUAAAACGUCACACACGCGAGAGAGCAAAAGUUGUUUUGUCAUUGCAUUAGCAGGCAGAAGUUUGCGAUUCGGAUUGUGUCGUCGUUUUACUAGUUUUUCAAUCAUAAAUCGUUAAAAGAGGCGUUCUAAGAUAUCUAGCUAAGAAACGAUCAAGAUGCCAUCAGAAACUAGCACAACAAAGGUGGUUGUGCAUCCACUGGUGCUACUCAGCGUCGUGGAUCACUUCAAUCGAAUGGGCAAAAUCGGUAAUCAGAAGCGAGUUGUUGGUGUAUUGCUCGGAUGCUGGAAAGCUAAGGGCGUUCUGGAUGUCUCCAACAGUUUCGCCGUACCCUUCGAUGAGGAUGACAAGGACAAAUCGGUUUGGUUUUUAGACCACGACUAUCUGGAAAACAUGUACGGUAUGUUCAAAAAGGUCAAUGCCCGGGAGCGUGUGGUCGGUUGGUACCAUACAGGACCGAAACUAUGCCAGAAUGAUAUCGCUAUCAACGAGCUGAUUCGGCGGUAUUGUCCCAAUUCUGUGCUGGUCAUCAUCGACGCUAAGCCUAAAGAUCUGGGUUUACCCACCGAAUCGUACAUUGCCGUUGAGGAGGUGCAUGACGAUGGCACUCCGACAUCGAAAACGUUUGAGCACGUGCCUAGCGAAAUCGGUGCUGAAGAGGCGGAAGAAGUCGGCGUCGAGCAUCUACUGCGGGACAUUAAGGACACGACGGUUGGUAGUCUGUCGCAGAAGAUCACCAAUCAGCUGUUAGGACUGAAAGGAUUGAACGCGCAACUGCGGGAUAUCAAAAACUAUUUGCUUAAGGUGGGCAACGGACAACUUCCGAUCAAUCACCCGAUUGUAUACCAGCUGCAGGACAUUCUGAACCUUCUACCAGAUAUCGCCCAGGAGUCGUUUACCGACACGUUGUAUGUUAAAACGAAUGAUCAGAUGCUGGUGGUGUAUUUGGCUUCGCUUGUCCGGUCCAUCAUAGCCCUACAUAAUUUAAUCAAUAAUAAACUUACUAACCGUGACGCCGAGGAGGGCAAAAAGAGUGAUGACUCGAAGGAUAAAAAGGAUGGGAAAGACAAAAGCGAGAAAGAUGGUGAUAAAGACAAAAAGAAGGAUGACAAGGAUAAGAAGGAAGAUAGUAAGAGCGAUAAAACGAAGGAUGAUAAGAAGAAAUAAAAUGUGAAGAAACGAAUCAUGUCAUGUGUACACUUUUGCAGAUUAUGUGAAAUCUUAUAAUAAACUCUGUACUUGAAUA